AUGUCAACCAACAUCACAUUUCAUCCUGGUGCAGUCGGAAAGGAUGAACGAACCCAGCUUCUAGGUCAGAAAGGUCUUACGCUCUGGCUGACAGGACUGUCAGCCUCGGGUAAAUCGACAAUUGCUGUAGCGCUGGAGCAGCAAUUACUUCACUUAAAGAAGUUCGCAUAUCGCUUGGAUGGGGACAAUGUACGCUUUGGGCUUAACAACGAUCUUGGGUUCUCGGAGAAAGAUCGCAACGAGAACAUUCGUAGAAUAAGCGAGGUCUCCAAGCUGUUCAAUGAUGCUGGGGCGAUUGCCAUCACUUCUUUCAUCUCCCCCUAUCGUUCGGACCGACACUUUGCUCGUGGUAUCCAUGAAAGAGCGGGUUUAAAUUUCGUCGAAGUUUAUAUUGAUGCUCCACUAUCCGUGGCAGAAUCCCGUGACCCCAAGGGCCUAUAUAAGAAAGCCAGGGCUGGGGAGAUCAAAGACUUCACUGGUAUAUCCGCACCAUAUGAAGCACCAGAGAGUGCAGAGAUUCACGUCCGCACCGAUCGAUUCACAGUAGAGGAAUGCGUUUUUCAAAUUGUGGAUUAUCUCUUAAGCAAAACUCUCAUUUAG